AUGUCGGACUCCCUGGCCGCAGUCGCCGAUGUAGAGAUUGAUCCGGAAGGAACCUUCAAGUAUAUUUUGGUCCGAGUGAACGUGAAAGGCGGCGACGUUUGCAAAGACAUUGUCCGCGGUACAAAAAGUGCCGAGUAUCACAAUCAUAUUUUUGAGAAGGUGAAGCCAGCCGUGGAGGCCUUGGGGAUGGAGUGUCAAUGCCUCGGUGGAGGGAAAAUUGAGCACAACAGUCAAGAGAGAAAAAUCAGGGUGUUCGGAGAGUCCACUGGUUUCGGCAAAGCAGAUCAUUCUGUGUCAGCAGAGAAAUUGAAGAGCGUCUUCAGCGACUACGAGAUCACCUGGAGUGAUGACAAAAAAUAA